CGCGUGAAAGGUUAUGGUAUAUGCCCGUAUGUGUCUGGUGACUGACGGCGCUCGCUCUGCCAAUCGGGACUGACAAACUGCUUUGAGCCUUGAGAGAAGCCCUGAGGGUUGCUUGCCCCGUUUCUCUGGUUGUCGCUCACGUUGCUUGGCUUCGCGUUGUGUCGCCCUUCUUUUUUCUUUUGCUUAUUUUUUGGGGUUUCCGUUCGACCUUUUUAGAGGUUGCCUCGUCUGGGUCUGGCGGUCAACAACAGGUUCCUCGCGUCAGCUCUCAAGGACCCUGAUGACUGCUAUGACGUCGAUGCGCAGAUGGUUCCUGGUUUCGAAGCUCUGUCGCUGCAACCCAACCACGAGAGGGGCGAGAGAAGACCGAUCCAAGUCUUUUCCAACACCGAUGCUUCUCGUCGCCUUGUGUUCCUCGAUUCGUCGAAACAAAAAGAAACUUGAAAAAGGUGAAGGCUGAACAAUACGCGCUG